AUGAAAAACAUGCUCCGCAUCUUAUCCGCUUUCCAUCAUGUAGCCAUGGACGCCCGAGAAAGUCCCCAGAUAGAGAUCCAGAUUUCGCCAGAGCAAAUUCCUUCGACAGGACUCAGUGUGGUGUACGAACCAGGAGACGAUGCCACGAUAGUCGAAUACAAGCAGGGUUCAGAAAAUGCAGAGAAGAAACCAAAGAACCAGGAACCAAAGACUUCAAAGCUUGAUAAUCCGAAGCGACUUGAGCUCAGACAAAGUUUCAAGGCCUUGCUGAAACGCCCAUCGAGUAAAGCCCGCCAGGAUAGUGUCCUCACUACCUCUACGGUUCAGACGUCUCCCGCCGCACCCGAAAAUGAUUUAUCUGUUUUCUGGCCGGCGGACUUGCUUCCAAUAACCUGCCGAAAGGCUCGAAUUCUCACUUUCGGAUAUAAUACCAAGAUAACAAAAUUCACCUCGGGUCCGACCAAUAUGAAUAGUAUUUAUUCUCACGGAAAAGACUUCUUAUUUUCGCUUAGACGCAACCCUAUACCAGGACGCCCCUUGAUCUUCGUCGCCCAUAGUCUCGGCGGUCUACUUAUGAAAGAGAUGCUUGCUCUAUCGUCUAUAUCCGAAAAACCAGAGCAUAAGAAGAUUAUUGAAUCAACUGCAGCGAUAGUUUUUCUCGGAACGCCCCACCGCAGAAGUCCUAAGCUCGCAGCAAUCGGCGACUGGGCUAGAUCUAUAGUCAGCAGUUUGCGAUUCCAGACAACAUCAACAAUAUUAGACACCCUAGGUCUCAAGACAACAGAUCUCGAACAAAGCCUGGGUCUUACUGGUAUCGGAUUGGGUGUGUUGGGAGAUAAAGUCGUACCACACGAGUCUUCCUUGAUUGGUGAUCCGAGAGAACAUGCCGAGACUCUUCAGGCCAAUCACAACCAGCUUAGUCGCUUUAGCAGUGCUCACGACCCCAACUAUAUCAAAGUUGCUGGCGAGAUCAAAGCCUUGUAUAAUGCGAUCGAGAGCGCACACGACCAGAACAAGCCCUCUCAGAAAUCGGCACCAGGAAUUAGGCAUCAAACAGUGAAGAGUGUACCAUUGAUGUCUGACGUUUGCCAACCACUUUCUGAGACCAGUUUACUAGAUUUCCUCGAUAGGAAGAUUCUUAAUGACUUCCUCUCAAGCCUACGAUUCCAAGACAUGAACGCCCGACGGGAUUCAAUCCUGCCACCCUCAUUGAACACAGGAUCUUGGUUAACGAAGAACGAAGAUUUCGAAAAGUGGCAAACAACUUCAGAUAAGAAUCAGCAUCUAUUAUUUGUAAAGGGAAAACCAGGAGCCGGGAAAUCAACCUUGAUGAAAGAAACCGUCCGGCGAAUGCAGCAUAGUCUUAUUCUUCACAAAGACCGUGUAUGUGCAAGCUUCUUCAUCAAUGCCGGUGGCCAGCUGCUGCAUCGCUCCCCAGCUGGAAUAUAUCGAUCGUUACUUUACCAGAUCUUACCAGAAACCAGCAUAUGCAACCCCAGCGCUUCUCGCGGGUUAGAUCAACAGGCCUUGAUACAGACUAUCCAAGAAUCCGUUCUGCAGUCUGGAAAAAUCAGGAAUGAGCAACAACUUCAAACGCUGCUCACACAAACUCUUCGGCUUAUGUCCUCCACGGGUACACCGAUAUUUGUGUUUUUGGAUGCAUUGGACGAAUUAGGGGAAGUGACACAGAGUCAUCAGGUCGAUUUCUGGAGUGAACUGGUUCAGUCCCCUGAUCUUCAGACCCUGAGAGUCUGCUUAUCCUGCAGGCACUUUCCCAACAUCUCAGUCACCGGCUGCCUCGAGCUGAAAGCGGAUGAAUACAACAGACAAGACAUUUUCAACUACACCCAGCGACGUCUCAAGGCACGAAUCGCCUCUGAUGAAGGAAUUUGGAUAAAGGAAAUUGCAUCAAGAAUCUAUUCCUUAUCAGAAGGUGUCUUUCUCUGGGUCGUACUGGUUAUAGAAGACGUUCUCAAAAGAUACAACCUUGGUAUAGGUCUGCAAAUGCUUCUUUACAAAGUCGAAAGCAUGCCAUCAGAACUCGACGGUUUAUACUCGGAGAUAUGCGGAUCUCUUACCAGGAAAGAGGUGCCAGUCGCACGAAAGAUGUUCCAAUGGGUCCUGGCAGCAAGUAGGCCGUUGCGUCUUGAUGAAUGGCACCAUAUCAUUGCUUUCAUCAGACCUCUGAAACCGUCGUCUCUUACACACUGGCGAAAUUCAGGCAAUUACACUGCCACCGAUGACCACCUCGUGAGACAGAUCAAAAGGCUAUCCAUGGGGUUGCUGGAAGUGAGCAGUGAACGGCCGAAUAUCAAGCCUGGUGGUAUCGCUGAAGUUUCAUCCGUGAACGCUGGCGCUGGAUCUAUGGACCAUGAACAGGGGUCGGCUCGUGUGGUUCGGGUGAUUCACGAAUCAGUUUACGACUUCUUCAUAAACAAAGGGGGUUUUCAGAAGCUAUGCUUGGAAACUGCAGAUCCUCUUCUGGAUUGUCAUUACACGAUAAUACAUACUUGUCUUGACUACCUAUUCAUUCCAGAACUAGAUGAGUUUGUCGCUGCUCGACAACGUCUCAAUUCGGCGAGCGUAUCAACAUCCUCCUUUCAUUCUUUCCCAUCCGAGGAGCCCCGAAGGUCACGCCCUGCGCCGCAAGAUCUCAUUGUCAGAUAUGAAUUCAAGAAUUUGCGGAAAUUGCCCACCUUGGAUUCAAAUCGGCGUGUCGAGAACUGGUUGGCUGAACAUGGUCUAUUGCCUUCCGAUGGUUCUAUCGUAGGCUCUAGGAGAUAUUCCGUCACUCACGAAUCCAUUGGUAUUGCAUCGAGAGUGCUUGUUCACUACCCUGCUUUGCUUUUAUAUAUAAUGGCUGACUUCCAAUAUCAUAUCGAGUUCCUCAGCACGAGUGGAGCUUUCGGCUCCCCGACCUGGUAUGAGCUACUGAGUAGACUACGAGACAAGAAAGUUUCAGAUCGCCUUAUGGCACUCCAGCGAGAGAACCAUAGAAGGGAUCGAACGGCCGAGUUUCUUAGGGGAUUACCAGAACAUGGACCACAACUUGCUCAGCGGUCAAAACCACUGUCAACUCAAAGCCUUGGAAAUCCGCGAGAGAGUGGCGGGCGAGACUGGACAGUGGAGUUUCUCAAGAGUUUACCAGAAAAGGAGUGGCCUCCCUUGAAAGCCUCAAGAACUAAAAACAAUGCCUCAGGGCAUGGUCAUACCCAGCUCAAGGGUCUAGGAGACCUAGAAGUAUUGCGAGCUUUUGCGCCGCGAGUAGCUACGGUCAUCGUAGCCGCCGCCACAGCUAUGAAAGUGAUGGGUCGUUUUGAUUAA